UUUGCUGAGGACAAAUGCUGUAAUGUGUUAGUCAUCCAUUAUCGGCUUCUAUUUUUGCAGGUUCCGAAUGAUGACUGACGCGGGUCUGCGCGAUAGCCCUCACAGCCCCUGUCAUUGGGAGCGAUAAGGACCUCGCACGUCCGGCAGCCGCACCGGGGCUCAAGGCGCUCUGGAGGGCGGGCGGCUCCCGCGGGCGGAGCGGACUCCAGUGCCGCUUCCCACGCACCGGGACCAGACCUCCCGGACCCGGCUGCCCGCGCGUCGCCCGUCGCUCGGGGCCAUGAAGUAGCAGUGGCCGCCAGCCCUGCCCUCCCGCCGGCCCGGCUGCUGCACGCUGCCCCGGCCCCAGCUCGGACAUGGCCGGACGCGCCCGCAGCCUGCGGCUGCUGCUGCUGCUGCUCACCCUGCAAGGCAGCUGCCUGGCCUUCAGAAGCCCACUUUCUGUCUUUAAGAGGUUUAAAGAAACUACCAGAUCCUUUUCCAAUGAAUGCCUUGGAACCACCAGACCCGUAACUCCCAUUGAUUCAUCAGAUUUUGCAUUGGAUAUUCGCAUGCCUGGGGUCACACCUAAAGAGUCUGACACAUACUUCUGCAUGUCCAUGCGUUUGCCUGUGGAUGAGGAAGCCUUUGUGAUUGACUUCAAGCCUCGUGCCAGCAUGGAUACUGUCCAUCAUAUGCUACUUUUUGGAUGCAAUAUGCCUUCAUCCACUGGAAGUUACUGGUUUUGUGAUGAAGGAACCUGCACAGAUAAAGCCAAUAUUCUAUAUGCCUGGGCAAGAAAUGCCCCUCCCACCCGGCUCCCCAAAGGUGUUGGAUUCAGAGUUGGAGGAGAGACUGGAAGCAAAUACUUUGUCCUUCAAGUUCACUAUGGGGAUAUUAGUGCUUUUCGAGAUAAUCACAAGGACUGCUCUGGUGUGUCCUUACAUCUCACACGGGUGCCACAGCCUUUGAUUGCUGGCAUGUACCUUAUGAUGUCUGUUGACACUGUGAUACCACCAGGAGAGAAAGUGGUGAAUUCUGAUAUUUCGUGCCAUUAUAAAAUGUAUCCCAUGCAUGUGUUUGCCUACAGGGUCCACACUCACCAUUUAGGUAAGGUAGUGAGUGGAUACAGAGUAAGAAAUGGACAGUGGACGCUGAUCGGACGCCAGAGCCCUCAGCUGCCACAGGCUUUCUACCCCGUGGAGCACCCAGUAGAUGUUACUUUUGGUGACAUCCUGGCAGCAAGAUGUGUAUUCACUGGGGAAGGAAGGACAGAAGCCACCCACAUCGGUGGCACAUCUAGUGAUGAAAUGUGCAACUUAUACAUCAUGUAUUACAUGGAAGCCAAAUAUGCCGUUUCCUUCAUGACCUGUACACAGAACGUGGCCCCAGAUAUGUUCAGAACUAUACCAGCAGAGGCCAACAUUCCAAUAGCCGUAAAAUCUGACAUGGUGAUGAUGCAUGGCCAUCACAAAGAAACAGAAAACAAAGAUAAAAUUGCUCUAACCCAGCAGCCAAGGCAUGAAGAGGAAGAGGUGUUAGAGCAGGGUGAUUUCUAUUCACUGCUUUCCAAGCUGCUAGGAGAGAGGGAAGAUGUGGUUCAUGUGCACAGAUAUAACCCUGCAGAAAAGGCAGAAUCCGGUUCAGACACAGUAGCUGAGAUUGCAAACGUAGUCCAGAAAAAGGACUUGGGUCCGUCUGAUGCAAGAGAGGGUGCAGAACGUGAGGAAAGGGGCAAUGCUAUCCUAGUCAGAGACAGAAUCCACAAAUUCCACAGACUAGAGUCAACUUUGAGGCCAGCUGAGAGCAGAGCUUUCUCCUUGCAGCAGCCUGGUGAAGGUCCCUGGGACCCAGAACACUCAGGAGAUUUCCAUGUGGAGGAGGCACUGGACUGGCCUGGAGUAUACUUGUUACCAGGCCAGGUUUCUGGUGUGGCACUGGAUUCUAAGAAUAACCUAGUGAUUUUCCACAGAGGUGACCAUGUUUGGGAUGGAAACUCUUUUGACAGCAAAUUUGUUUACCAGCAAAGAGGCCUGGGACCAAUUGAAGAAGAUACGAUUCUAGUCAUAGAUCCAAACAAUGCUGCAAUCCUCCAGUCCAGUGGGAAGAACCUGUUUUAUUUACCACAUGGCUUGAGUAUAGAUAAAGAUGGAAAUUACUGGGUCACAGACGUGGCUCUUCAUCAGGUGUUCAAACUGGACCCACAUAGCAAAGAAGGGCCUCUCUUAAUUCUGGGAAGGAGUAUGCAGCCUGGCAGUGACCAGAACCAUUUCUGCCAGCCCACUGAUGUGGCCGUGGACCCCAGCACUGGCGCUGUCUUCGUGGCAGACGGUUACUGCAACAGUCGGAUCAUGCAGUUUUCACCAAGCGGCAAGUUCGUCACCCAGUGGGGAGAAGAGUCUUCUGGGAGUACUCCUAAGCCAGGCCAGCUCAGUGUUCCUCACAGUCUGGCCCUGGUGCCUCACUUGGACCAGUUGUGUGUGGCAGACAGGGAAAAUGGCCGGAUCCAAUGUUUCAGAACUGACACCAAAGAAUUUGUGAGAGAGAUUAAACAUGCGUCAUUUGGAAGAAAUGUAUUCGCAAUUUCAUAUAUACCAGGUUUGCUCUUUCUGGUAAAUGGGAAGCCUUACUUUGGAGACCACGAACCUGUCCAAGGUUUUGUGCUGAACUUUACCAGUGGGGAAAUUAUAGAUGUCUUCAAGCCAGUACGCAAGCACUUUGAUAUGCCCCAUGACAUUGUUGCCUCUGAAGACGGGAAUGUGUAUAUUGGAGAUGCGCACACGAACACUGUGUGGAAGUUCACCCUGACCGAAAGUAGGUUGUCUUUGUCUCAUCGCGCUUUGCAUACUGUGAACUCUUCUUUCCCUGAAGAAGCCGAGGCAGUUGUUGAAUCCAAAAUGGAGAACAACCCCACCUCCUCAGAAUUGCAGAAGAUGCAAGAGAAACAGAAACUGAUCAAAGAGCCAGGCUCGGGAGUGCCCGUGGUUCUCAUUACAACCCUUCUGGUUAUUCCUGUGGUUGUCCUGCUGGCCAUUGUCAUGUUUAUUCGGUGGAAAAAAUCAAGGGCCUUUGGAGAUUCUGAACACAAACUCGAAUCAAGUUCUGGAAGAGUACUGGGAAGAUUCAGAGGUAAAGGAAGUGGAGGCUUAAAUCUUGGAACUUUCUUUGCAAGCCGUCAAGGCUACAGCAGAAAAGGGUUUGACCGCCUCAGUACAGAGGGGAGUGACCAAGAGAAAGAUGAAGAUGAUGGAAGCGAAUCGGAGGAGGAGUACUCCGCCCCGCUGCCCACACCUGCACCUUCCUCCUGAACUCCAGGCCCUCCUGUAGGUUGAGUGGAGUUUACCAAGGAUGCCCAGACUCCUUUCCCUUUAGUGUGUGUAAAGUUCUGUGCAUUUGAUUGUAACUGUACUAGUCUAUGUGGGACUGUACACACCUUAUUUACUUCAUUUGGUUAUGUUGGCUUCUGUUUCUAGGUGAGGGGUUUCCUAACAGUUCACUACAGUGCCAUUGUCUUUAUAUGAACUUAGAGUAGAGAGGCUGCCCUCCUCCUCCAUCACAGCACUCCUGUCCCAGGAUGGAAGUACCGCUCAGUUACAUUUGGAGACUUUUUUUGUGGAUGUAAAUAGCCCCAUUCUCUGCUUGAACACAGUAUUUUCCCAAUCCACACCCCUUGCCAGUGUCUUUCUUUGGUGCCUUUCCUGUUCAGCAUUCUCAGCCUGUGGCAGUAAAGAGAAACUUUGUGCUACACGACAAAAAGCUGCUAAAUCUCCUUCUAUUUUUUUAAAAUCACUAACAUUAUAUUGCAAUGAGAGAAAUUUUAAAAAGUCUCUAUUGAAAUUCUUUUUUUAAAUUUCUCUUCAGUUGGUGUGUUUCCGGGAUGUCUUAUUUUUAGAUGGUUACACUGUUAGAACACUAUUUUUCGGAAUCUGAAUGUAAUUUGUGUAAUAAAGUGUUUUCAGAGCAUUAGCA